CGAUCGUUCACUGUAUGUUUAAUGUACAUAUAUUUUACACUUUCAAUAUCAGCACUUGCUUACUCGGCAUGGUCACUUCGACUAUCUGGCAGAACGAAAAGCUCGCUUUGAAUGCGAAUCGCACGCCCCGAAUUGCAACACUCGAGAGCUCAUAAUCAAAAUACAACUCAUAUGUUUCAACCAGAAAACCAGUUCCCCCGGAGAAGAGUAAUUUACUGAGAGCGAGAGAAUCUACGUACAAAUUCUACAGACAAUAUAUAGUUUUGAAAUCCGAAAUUGCGCUUGGCUGGUCAAGCGGCCGGUUAUCAUCGUUCGUCCCAAACAGUUGAUCUACAAAAGCGGCGGUGUCAACAACGCAAAAAAGUGAAACCAAAUCGAAAAAACAUCCAACUCUGAUCCCUGGCUUUAAUCACCGCCAAAAGGUCACAAUCCAGUAGUAGUAGCAGUGCAAAAUGUGGCUGACCCUGAUCACUGGGGCUCUUAUAUUGCUCCUGACCUGGGACUUUGGACGCAAAAGGCAGCGAGUGGCAGCCUUUGAAAAAUCCAAGAUACCUGGGCCCAUUUCUAUACCGAUCCUGGGCUGUGGCCUUCAGGCUUUGAAUUUAGGAGCAGAGAACAUUAUCAGCUGGGUGGGCGAAAAGUUCGACGAAUACGGAAAGACCUUUCGCUUUUGGAUCCUGGACGAAUCCUCGAUCUACACAAAGGAUCUCAAGUAUUUCGAGGCCAUCUUAAGCAGCACCACCCUGCUGGCAAAGGGUCAACUUUAUGAAUAUCUUCGACCUUUCCUAAACGAUGGGUUACUCGUUAGCACGGGUAGAAAAUGGCAUGCGAGGAGAAAGAUCUUCACCCACGCCUUUCACUUCAAGGUUCUCGAACAUUAUGUGGAGAUCAUGGAUCGGAAUAGUGGGGUGAUGGUGGAGAGCCUCAGGAAGCUGGCCGAUGGAAAAACAACGGUGGAUAUGCUUAAGUAUGUGUCCCUGGCGGCACUUGAUGUGAUAACAGAGGCCGCCAUGGGAGUCCAGGUGAAUGCCCAGAACGACCCCGAUUUUCCCUACAUAAAGGCGCUAAAGAGUGUGGUCUAUAUCCAACCGGAUCGCAUGUACAAGUUCUCGCAGCGCUACGAUUGGCUUUUCCCGCUGGCGGCACCUCUGUUGCACCGACGACUACUGAGCGAUAUACGCGUCAUGCACGACUUCACCGACAAGGUCAUCCGCGAGCGGCGAGAAACUGUGGAGCGGGCGAAGGCUGACGGCUCAUACCGACCGCUGAGUCUGGGCGAUGCUGAAAUUGGCAGGAAAUCCCAAAUGGCUUUGCUGGACAUUCUCCUCCAGUCGACCAUCAAUAAUGAGCCCCUAAACGAUGCGGAUAUUCGCGAGGAGGUGGAUACUUUCAUGUUCGAGGGCGAUGAUACCACCAGUAGUGGAGUUUCCCAUGCCCUCUAUGCCAUUGCCAGGCAUCCCAAAGUUCAGGAAAGGAUUUACGAAGAGUUACUGGAGGUUCUUGGUAAAGAUCCCAACGCUCCAGUUAGUCAAUCUCAGUUGCAGGAACUCAAGUACCUAGAUUGUGUUAUCAAAGAGACCAUGCGGCUUUAUCCUCCAGUUCCGGCGGUUGGGAGACACACCCAAAAGGAACUGAAAAUUGGUGACAAAACCAUUCCUCCAAAUACCAGCAUUUACCUAGUUCUAUACUACGCCCAUCGAGAUCCGGAUUACUUUCCCGAUCCUCUAAGCUUCAAACCAGAAAGAUUUUUGGAUGAUCAUGAAGAAAACCAUCAGAACUUUUCCUAUGUUCCCUUUAGCGCCGGACCCAAAAACUGCAUUGGUCAGAAGUUUGCCGUUCUGGAAAUGAAAUCCCUGAUCAGCAAGGUCCUGAGAUUCUACGAGCUUCUGCCUUUGGGCGAGGAACUCAAGCCCAUGAUGAACUUUAUCCUGCGCUCAGCUUCGGGCAUCAAUGUGGGUCUGAGACCCAGAAAGUCAUAAUACAAACUAACACUCAAAAUGUUUUAGGGUUUCGGUUUAGGGUAACUGGGAUAUUCGUGAUAUAUAGUAUAGUAAGACUUUAUUAUCUAAUCAUUAAGUACUUAAGAACGUGUUGAUUAUUAAAAUAAAGACUUUUUUGUAAUAAACUAUGUUUAUUUUUGGGAUUUAUAGGAUAUUUUAUAUUAUUUCUUCUUUCCAUGAUAAAUGUAAAUAAUUAUUGUAAAAAAUAAAUCUUGAAAGUAACUCGAAGGGUGACAAAACCUGUUGAUUGUUUAUAAAUAAACCGCUUA